CAAGCACCAAAGCCUGCAUGAAACGGGCCAAUCAGAAUCGAGUAUAAUUCUAUUUCUGCCAAAGCCGUCAAGUACCUACUAGAACCGGGUCCAGUCCCAAGCCUCACCUGGAUUUCCAACUGAUGGAAAUACGUACAUACCUACCUACGUAUUCACGGCCCAUUCAUACCACACACCGUACAUAAUACCUUUGUCAAUCAUCGCCUUAUUGCCUACGACUGGAGCCACGCUUUAGGUUCUUUUACAUACUUGAAGAAUUUUCUUCCAUCUUAAUUCGCCUAACCGAACAGUAAUAUCCAAAUCAACACCCUAAAACGACGUUCAUAUCCACGUACUCAGUACACACCUUUUCCUAGCGACUUUCAUUCGGCCGACCACCAUUCAUUGGGUAGCUUCCAGCUACCUAUUUAGAACAUCGAUUCUUCGCGCAACGUAAUUAGGUAGAUUGCCUCCGUGGCUAGUUAUUAUAUCGAACCCGAUCCGGAGCAUCGAUCGUCCACGACACCCCCGUCGCCCUCGACAGUAUGCAAUUCGACGCUUUAGGGCGCCUCUAGCAUCAAGAGACAUCACAACUUAGGACUAGUGUCAACAAGGAAACAUCAUGGCCAACAGCACAGAUUCGAGCUAUACAGACCUGAAAGAGUCGCUGGCUCCACACUGGCAAACCAGACAGGAGAAUGGCCAGCCUCUAUUGGAAUCUUCAUCUUCCGAGGCCCCGCCCCGUGAACCGCCCGUGCCGAACUUGAAUAAGCUUCUCAGAGGAAAAGGGCGUGAAUGGGAGGCUAUAGGAGCAAAACCUAGGCCGCUACAGCUUCUUGAUCUUCCGGUCGACAUCUUGAGACUCAUUGUGAAAGAGGUAACUCAUACAAACGAUCUAACCUCUUUAGCUCUGACGAACUCUACCCUCUAUUACCUUACUGUCCCUCAUAUCUAUGCUCGCUUCGACAUUGUAUGGCCCGACGAUACAGUCCCACCGUCCGACAGCAAAAAUGUCGAUGCGCUGACGUAUGGCUUGGCUACCUUGUGUUUAGGUAGCAAGUUCGCCCAGAGGACAAGAUGGCUGCGGGGGAGUUCUCUGGGCCAGCCAAACCCGUCCGAAAGGCUUGUCGAUAAUCAAUACGCUCGAUACACGCGUAAAUUCUCGCUUGGUAAUGGGCCUAAAGAUUGGACAUCUGAAUACAUGGUUACGAAGGAGAGUGGAAAGAUGCUAGGAACAUUGGUGGCGAUAGCCGUCGGCAAGAUGCUCAAUUUGGAAACGUUCGUAUGGGAUAUGCCUACCGGUGUUUUAUCCGAGGUAUUCAUGGCGCUUGCAUCCCUUCAGGACCAUUACCCUCAGGGCGAAUCUAAACUUGAGAAGGUCUGGGUCCGUUGGCAUGACAAUUCUGAGAUUCCCGAUGCUUCCUCAUCUAUUUCUAGUCCAAUCCAGCCUCCGCCGCCGCCGCCAUUAGCUGUUCCGCCUAUAGGGAGCACAGUAACCGCCGUAGGCACUACACUGCCUGCCGAUUUCCACCCAUCUAUGACACAACCAAUCAAGUACUCCGAGAGCCACGUCGAAUACCCGACUUUUAGCGUCCUACCGCCUUUGAAAAGCUUGACAGUUCUUGACAUAGACGAACUUGCCUACCUAGAUGAGAUGGCUGUACUCAUUGAGCGCUCGAAGUCUAGUCUUCGAGAACUUCGGGUUGGGAUUUCUCAAAAAGCCCGUAUGUCUGAUUUUGCGCAGACUUGGGAUAAUUCUGCCUUGCAACAAAUUGACUAUGAGGCACGUUGGCCUGGUGAAAGUCGAAUAGGUGAUAAGAGACUCGGCGGAGUCCUCGGGGUGCUGGUUGGCAGAAUACAUGAAAUUCGGCGGAAAUCAAACAUAAAAGUUCCAGAGAAAGAAGGGAUCAAUUCUAUCCCACAGGGUGUCUCGUCACAUUUUAAUGGAGGUGGGGAGUUUGGUUCAUCUUCAGACAAUGCGCCCCUGUCGUUUACGCAUACAAAUCUUGCGAUUCACAGUCUAGCACACCUACAGACCCAGCACCAUUCCACUACCGCAACAAACCCAAGCCAGACCGACAGCCAGACGUAUGCGGGGAGAAAGCGCCUUGAUGGGAAACUUCAAUUGGAAACAUUGGAGUUAGAACGGGUGCCAUUAGCGACGCAUGUCUGCAUUCGAGCCCUCGAUUGGGGUGUCUUGACAAACCUUACAGUUCUAGAUUGUGGCAAUGUUGAAUUACUUUGGAAGCAAUUGAAGAGGCAUUUCCAUCCGACACCCCCACCUCAUGGUUCACCGGCAGGCACGCCACCUCAAUAUCAUCUGGCCUUGAAACAUAUACAUGCAGAUGUUACUUCAAGUGCCCUCAUCAGUUUUAUCAGGGAAACUCUGGCGCCGAAUAGUCUAGAAGUGCUCUUCUUGCAAGACCGGCGACGCACAACUUCGCCCACUGUAAAACUCGACGUCAUAUUUAAGGGUGCGAUAAAACGACACAGAGCUAGCCUGAAGAAGCUUCUUCUAGACAGUUCAGAUGAGUCGGGAGAGGGUCAUCGUUGGACGAGUUGGGUAUUAAGUAGUGAAAUAAUUUCAUAUAUUACGAGUGGACGAAUGCCAAAUCUAAAGGAACUUUCCGCAGCAUUUGACUAUAAGGAUUGGCAUCCGUUCCUUCAACGUCUUCCAAACAUCCCGCAGCUUCGAUCCCUACAUAUCCCUCACAUACUGGAACAUAUUGCCGGAAACUACGAACCGAAAGAGCUUGCGCUCCAGCUUGUUGAUAUAAUCACGCUGAGAACAGAAAUCCAACUUUGUUACGUGGGCAUAGGGGCGAAAUGUUUCGAAAUACUUGAGACUCGGCCCAGUGAUAGUAGUAGUGGCGGCGCGGAUGGUGGACUAGGGGGAAAUCACGGGAACGGUGCCAUUGUAAUCGAUAUGGAUGAUGACAAUGAUGAUGGUAGUGAGGCUGACGAAGAAACGGAAGAGGACGAUGAUGAUGUGAACGAUGACAAUAGCGAGGCUGGCCAGGCAGAUGGUGGAGAUGACAUAACGGACGUAUCUGACGACGGUGAGUCCGAGACAGACUCAUUCGAGAAUGGCGACUUGGUGGGGUCAGCCGCACGUCUUCGUUUACGUGAGAUAUUGUUCUACGACGAUAAGGUGGCUAUCUUCAAAGCGAGACACGGCAGGCUAUGAUGCAUGAUUUGAAGGCGCCUCAGGAUAUCGGCGUUUGUUUUUAAUUGUAUUUAUUCUCGACAGUGAGAGUAUCCCUUCUCGGUAAUCGGUUUUUUAUCCAGGAGACAAGCGGUUAGGUUUUAGAAGCGCUUGGCAACAUACCUAUACCUAUACCUACAGCUAUACCUACAGGUACAACUUUCAUGACCGACUUUUUGAAUCGGUUCCUAUUUUACUCAAAAUCAGGAUACAGCAAGAUUUGAUAUUAGACAAAAUGAAGAUGUGACUGACCGAUCGAUUCCCUGC